AUGGGUACCUCUUUCCCAUCUAUCCAGACUUUCUAUUCGAAGGAAGUACAGUUAAGUCCCGAAGACGUUAAUAAUGAUUCCUUGGAUUCUCAAAUCCCGGGGGAUGGUUUCACGUCAUAUGAGAUAGAAGUAGUGACGAACCCUCUUUCACGACCAUGGAAACCACCACGAUCAUACGAACAAUGUCCCAUUUCACUCCUCCAGACAGGUCCCUUUAAUUAUGAAAUCACUGGGAGGAUUGUGAACUUUUCUACCAACCUCCAAGAGCAAGGCCAUCAUUUCCUUGUCGUAUCUGAUGGAUCAGGCGCUAUUGCAGUCAAGCUUUACUAUGCGAAAACUUCCGACUACCAAUUGCUUCUUGGCCAGAGAGUCACGGUUUGGGCGACUUUUAUUUCUGCUUCAACUCAGGAUGGCACGGGCAACAUACCGUUUUGUGCAUCAUCUACUAAGAUUUAUCCUAGCCGAAACAUUGCAACCCACAUUGCCCUCCAUAACGACACUCCUGGUUCAGAUGGCCACCGUAUAUUGCGCUGUCCUUUGGAGUGUAACUUAAAGGAGUAUAACUAUCUCCCUGCUCUCAUGACUUUAAAGGCUUAUCUUUCUACCGGAUACGACAUGGCAGAGGGUAGGAUUCUUGUCUGCGUGAGAAGCGUUGGGCCGCGUAGAACUGUCUACUCGAAAAAACGUCAGUGUGAUUUUGAUAUGGUGGACGUAAGCAUCUUUGACGAUACGGCAACUUGCGUCCUGAAGCUAUGGCAGGAUAAAGUUCCCUCGGCUAAAACUUGGAUUCCAAAUCGAACUAUUCUCCUUAUAUCCAAACCGACCUGUCAACAGGAUGAUCCACACUCUGGACUUGGUAUUGGAUACACCUCAAUGGUCGACGUGGAUCCCGAGUUCCCAGAUGCCGACUGGCUUAGAGAUAAAGUGAAGAAUAUGAGCAAGAGACAGAGCGUACACAUCCCCUUCCCUUAUGAUGCUUGGGAUAUUAAUCUUGCAAUUCAUGGCCCUAACCGAAUAUUAUACACGAUCGCCGAUAUUGAAGAUCAGGUACGUAACCCUGAGCCGAAACUCGACUUCACUGGGAAAUUGAAUGUUAUUAUUCUCGAGAUGGGAUUGAUGGAACAGUGGCAAAAACGUUCCUUUUGUUGCUUUGAGUGCUGUGGCAUGCCAGUUUACGCCAACAAACCCGUUGCAAUUUGCAAUAAUUGCGAUACACGGCGAGAUUUGGCACCCAACCCACGUAUAAUCGGAUCCAUGAUUGACGAAAGCGGUAUGAUUACGGCCAGUAAGCUUGUGUGGCACGAUGAUGCUUGGUCCCAACUUUUCUUCGGAGACACAUCAAACGAAAUACAAAUCGGGGAUAACUCGGAAACCAACCUCGUGGAGCAGUCGUGGGAGGAUCUAACAAUUCUCGACACCGCUGCGCUUAGAGAUAUUGAAGAACAACUGCUGUACGCACGCGUUACGCUGACUUUUGGUUGGUCGUCUCAGCUCGAAAGACUCUGUAUUAUGGGAGUCGAGCGGUAGUGGAUCUAUUCAAAGUUGCUUCGAUGGCAUCGGUUAAUUUGGAGGGGUAUCUAAAAGAUCUAGGCGAGUUCCGGCAUGUGCUAAGUUCAGUUAGCGAGCUUGUAAAGAGGGAUGAUUUAGCUGGCAUGGUCCUAACACGAA